AUGUACUUCCUGCGGCAGCUCAGGAAAGCCAAGCUGCAGUUCUACACGGCCAACAACCUCCUCCAUCUUAACCUCCUCCAUCACCUCCUCCAUCACCUCCUCCAUCCCCUCCACAUCACCUCCUCCAUCACCUCCUCAUCACCUCCUCCAUCACCUCCUCCAUCACCUCCUCAUCACCUCCUCAUCACCUCCUCCAUCACCUCCUCAUCACCUCCUCCAUCCCCUCCUCAUCACCUCCUCCAUCACCUCCUCCAUCACCUCCUCCAUCACCUCCUCCAUCACUUCCUCCAUCCCCUCCUCAUCACCUCCUCCAUCACCUCCUCAUCACCUCCUCCAUCACCUCCUCCAUCACCUCCUCAUCACCUCCUCAUCACCUCCUCCAUCACCUCCUCAUCACCUCCUCCAUCACCUCCUCAUCACCUCCUCCAUCACCUCCUCAUCACCUCCUCAUCACCUCCUCCAUCACCUCCUCAUCACCUCCUCCAUCCCCUCCUCAUCACCUCCUCCAUCACCUCCUCCAUCACCUCCUCCAUCACCUCCACUGAGCCAAAGCAAUUUCCAAGUCUGUGA